UCGAUGUGGCCAUCAUCCAUCCUAAGCUAUGCCGGGAUGAGCUGAGUUGGGCAUCCCCAGGGAAAGAAGCGGCACAAGCAAGCGAGCAAGGCGGAGGUUUGGGAACAUCAGGGACCAAGUGGACGAGAAGGGACAGCACAUAGUUAGCUGCGCUAUCUGUUGUGCUACGAGCCGCGUCAGGCUUCCCCGAUGCCUCUCGUCAGUACGCGUGGAUACGUCAACACACUGUAGCCUGCUAUAGGCUUGCGAAGACCACGCCGCUUUGACAGCCUGCUAUUGAUUGACUGAGGAUUGCUCAGCAAAGACGACGACGACGACUAGGCUGGGACUGAUCCGCUCCGACAUCAUGGCCACCGAGAGGACCUCACUGAACAACGAGGCGCUGCAAGAGAGCAAAUCGUCGAUGGCAAACAUGUUCAACACGCUGUUCAACGUGACGUAUUUCACCACCACUGGUGACGUACUUACCUUCAUGCAUAACGUCCUCUCCAACAUAGUGUGGUAUCGCGCGAUGUCCUGGUUCUAUCUGGGCAUAUCGAUUGCCAGUGUGUGCGUGGGCGGACUGUACAUGAACUUGUGCACGGCCCAGCACAUGAUCCCCGUGUACCUGGUGGUGGCGGGCAGCUUCGGCAUCACCAGCAACCUGCUGUUCAUGUGCAAAUGGGCAACCGGCUCCUGGAGCGUAUGGAGCCAGUGCAGGGACACUUCGGAAGGCUGUCGUUCGUUCUGGUUCAGCUGGUCACUGUGGAUCUUGUUCUGGUUCAACAUGGCCUGGUUUAUAGCGGGAAGCGCCUGGAUCUUUGGUCUGCACUCGCAGUACAAGCACAACUAUGUCUACGAGCCGGAAACACAUCUGUUUGUCGUCAAACACUUAAAUAUACCCCGCGUUCACCUGAUGGAGGCACCUCAUCUUGCCCACGAAGCCGCGUUGGAUGUGAAAGUAGAGACGUCACUGAGAGGCAACCACGAGCAUGAUAAGGGACAUGCUAAACUGUCCGCUGCUGUACGUGAUGAGCAGAAGGCGGCUGAGCCGGAUCUGCAACAGCUGGAGACGGCGGUGGAUGACAACGGGAAAGCCACAGACUUGGACCAACAACACGCCGCCGCGGGAUCAACCAAAGUUGAUGAAUUGGCCCAUGCCAAGGAUGACGCUGCGGCUAACGUGAACCAAGAAGGCGACGGUGAUUCCGCCGUGCACAUGGCAACGGACAACGAUCAGCAAGCAAUGGUGGAUGCCUCGCUCGGCAAGCAGGUCUUCCGCGGCGUGGACUUCGCUUUGGCCAAUCCCAGGCUGCUGCGCGGUGCAGGUCACAUUCGUCGUCACGGCGGUCUACCACUGCACCCGUACUGCCACCGUGGCCUGUUCGAGUAUGCCUUCUGGGUCACCCUAGCUGAGUACGUCAUGCUAACCCUGGACCUGCUCAUGUUCCUCUACAUAAGCUGCUGCAGUUGCUGCGCAUACAUGGUCGUGCCCUAUGCCUCCGUGAUGCAAGAAAUACCGCGGUAACCUUGGCAACUGGCACACAGGGGACCAUGAUAACCAACGCACUCUGCAUGGUCAUCACCACUAUUAUCAUCCUCCUUGCGUUGACGAUCACAGACGUAUGGCAGCGAUGUCAACACCUUUUCCUUCUCUCUAGCUUACAAAGUACAUGUAGCUGCCACGGACAUCUCUUGUUCGCACUGCACGCGCGUUCACCACACCUCUGCUAGGCAAUGAUUGGACACAGAAGAUGCCUACACAGCACACUCUUUUAUCUGCCUUAGCCCAUACUCUCCUGCACUGCCAACCUCUCCUCGAAUCCCAUUGCAACCCUGCUACAGUGCAUGCUAGCCCACUUGCAGUGUGCGCAGUGAAUGGACAUACCGAUGCAUGUAGAAGAUGGCCAUACACUCAUUCAUUUUCCCAGCCCACAAAUUAUCCUGCACUGCCAAAUCUCCUUCUUUUUCCUCGUGUGAGCAAUUAUACUCGUAACAGCGCAAUUGUGUUGCAUUUUUGUCCGAUCACCUUCUACAUUGCUUGGUCCAAGUGCCGCAUUCUUCAGUCACGUCAACUGUUGCCGUUUCAAUUAGCAAUUUGUGUAUUUGCCCCCGCAUCUACAUGUACACGUGUAUUCCAUGUACACGUAGCUGUUACAUGUAUUAUCAUGUAACUUUGCGAAUACAAUACAAUCAUGUAGCCCUGGAAUCACACACAAUUUUCAAACACUUCGAUAUUGAUCACGUUUGUCUAAAGUAAGGUAGGUUGCAAAGCAGCAGCAGCAGCGCAUUCGCCUGAUUCUAAUGUGAAUGAACAGAACACCAAUUUUUUAAAAUGUCCCGUUUUGCACGAAGGAGCAUUUUUCAAUUCAAACACAUAAUUAUACUACUAUUCAUGAUGAUGACUCUCA